AUGCGGUUUUCUUCGGAUAAAGAAACCUCCGGCCUCGCCAACAAUGACCAGGAUGGACCGCAAAUUCUUUCAGAGAUGGAGGAGGGGAGCGCCCUCGACGAGUUGACACCGCCACAGUCAGAUCCUGCUAAGCUAGCGGGACCCCCGAACGGUGGCGUGAAGGCGUGGCUGCAGGUUCUAGGGUCGUUUUUCAUUUAUUUCAACACAUGGGGUCUAGUAGCGAGCUUCGGAACAUUUCAGGCCUAUUACGAAGACGACCUGCUAAAGGAUUACACCCCCUUCGCCAUAUCCACUAUUGGCUCACUGCAGAGCUUUUUAAUGGUGUUUUUGGGUUUCAUCGCAGGCCCCAUCUUCGACUUGGGCUACGCACGCCAUCUCCUCUGGGUGGGGUCCCUGUUAAUUGUCCUCGGAACAAUCACCCAGAGUCUCAGCCACAACCUCUGGCAACUCCUCCUGUCCCAGGGCCUCUGCGUUGGUGUAGGAAUGGGCAGUCUGGCCGUCUUGGGUGUUGCUGUGCUAUCACCCUGGUUCACCACCAAGUUGCCGAUAGCUACAGGCAUUGCCGCGGCAGGCAGUGGUGUUGGCGGACUGGUUCUGCCCAUCAUGUUCCGCUCGCUGCAGCCCGACAUUGGCUUCCGCUGGGCUGUGCGCACCAUGGCGCUGGUUGCGUUGACGACGCUGUGCAUCUCCAUCGUGACCAUGCACACCCCAAAAGCCUCACCGCGGCGCCGCGCUUGGAUCGACCGGUCCGCGUUCCGAGAUGUCCCUUAUCUCCUCUUCGUGUGCGCCUGCUGUUUCGUGUUUUUAGGCAUGUACACCCCUUUUGUCUACGUCCAGAAGUACUCUCUGGCCACCAACACCGCGACGCCGCGAGUCGCUACCUAUCUGCUCUCCAUUCUGAACGGUGCGUCCAUCCUCGGCAGGACCAUUCCUAAUCUGUUCGCGUCGCGCCUCGGAGUGAUGAACAUGCUGGUGGUGGCAGUGCUAAUCCUGUCGGUCUCGGCCUUCUGCUUGAUGACCGUCAGCAGCGCGCCCGGCUUGAUCGUGGUUGUCUCAUUUUACGGAUUCAGCAGCGGAAGCUUCUUCUCGCUGCAGCCCACCACUUACACGCAGAUUACGGCGGACCGGAACUACAUUGGAACUAGGCUCGGCAUGGCCUACUCUGUCAUGUCCAUUGCUCUCCUGCUCGGUUCUCCGGUAGGAGGUGCAUUGGUGCGACAAUUUGGAUACCACAGCGCCUGGAUAUGGGCCGGAGUAUGCCUCGCAGUGGGGAGCAUUUUGAUUGCAUGUUCAAGAGGAAUGGCAACUGGUUGGAGGUUAAGCCAGAGGUUAUAA